AUGGAUGCUGGUAGCAAAGAGAUCUUGAUGGAGAGUCCACCGGACUACACAGCAGCCCCCCGGGGCCGGAUUGGCAUCCCCUGCUGCCCAGUGCACCUCAAACGCCUUCUCAUUGUGGUUGUUGUCGUGGUUCUCAUCGUCGUGGUGAUUGUAGGCGCCCUGCUCAUGGGCCUUCACAUGAGCCAGAAACAUACGGAGAUGGUCCUAGAGAUGAGCAUGGGAGGGCCAGAAGCCCAGCAGCGCCUGGCCCUGAGUGAACGCGAGGGCACCACUGCCACCUUCUCCAUCGGCUCUACUGGCAUGGUCGUGUACGACUACCAGCGGCUUCUGAUCGCUUACAAGUCCGCCCCUGGGACCUGUUGCUACAUCAUGAAGAUGACUCCGGAGGGCAUCCCCAGUCUCGAGGCGCUCACUAGAAAAUUCCAGAACUUCCAGGCCAAGUCUGCAGCGCCUGUCCCUAAGUUGGGGCAAGAGGAAAGGCGCAACUCGGGCUCAGAGUCCUCUGGCGAUCCGGCCUUCCUGGGCACCACGCUGAGCAUCCUGUGUGGCGAGGUGCCCCUCUACUACAUCUAGGAGCCCAGGAUCUGCGGAAGCCCCAAAAGGUCAGGCAAGACCAGCAAGUUGAUCCCAGCCGCCACAGGGACUGGCCCCGGAGAAACGGGAGUUUGUUGGGGGGAGACGAGGGCUGGGAGAGGAGAGGUGUCUCCCAUGGGCCAGGGUGUUCCUACCUUAAAGA